AUGUACAACACAAGCAACAUGCAGACCCCUGACGACGCUGAGGCGCCAUUGUCCUUUAUAUACCCAAUUGGAUAUAGCAGCGCAUCUGAUUGCGGUUAUUGUCGAGGGACUUCUCGUGCAGGUAAACGAAAACGUUACUCUUACUAUGCUACGACCAAGUCCUUAUCGACGGAUUUGUAUCAAAACCUAGUUGAUCGGUAUUGGAGACGAUCCGGAACUCUUCUCUACAGGCCGAAUCCGAGAAACUCUUGUUGCCCCCACUAUACUCUUCGCCUGGAUUCAACGGAGUUCAAACCGACAAAAGACCAACGACAAACUGUUAACCGGUUCAACAACUACGUUAUCGGGCCUGAGUACACACACGCGGCUGCUCGUCUUUAUCCUCGCACGCGCCAGGAAGCACGGAAACGGCGCAAUGAGUUCGAUUUGAUUGACAGAAUCCAUGAGCCCGAGCUUCAGUUUCUGAAGACGCCUCCAGAGCCAGCUCACAGAUUUCGUGUCACACUGGAGCCAGACGAGUUUACGGAGGAAAAGUAUCUUGUCUUUGAGAACUACCAAAGAAUUGUUCAUAAAGAGGGCGGAGAUAAGAUAUCGCGCCCCGGGUUCAAGAGGUUCCUGUGCAAUUCGCCUCUCAAGCGUGAGACCAUCUACAGUGCAGACGGCGUUCCACGCCAGGUUGGCUCUUACCACCAGUGUUACUGGUUGGACGAGAAACUUGUUGCCAUAGGGGUGUUGGACUUGCUUCCCCACGCCGUCAGCUCGGUGUAUUUUCUCUAUCAUGAGUCGUUUCACUCACACAGUCCAGGCAAGCUCAGUGCCAUGCGAGAGAUUGCUUUGGCUCGCGAGGGCGGCUAUCGUUGGUGGUAUCCGGGAUUCUACAUCCAUAGCUGCCCAAAAAUGAAGUACAAGAUGGACUUCAAGCCGCAGUCUGUUCUCGAUCCCGAGACGCUCACGUGGGAUUUGAUGGACAAGGAGGCGUUGGCGAUUUUUGACAAGAAUCACUACGUCAGCCUUUCCAGAGAGCGGCAACGAAAGGAAUCAGGAGAUGCCCCGAAGCUCUUCGAAGGCCAUUUUGUUCAGCCAGAGAGUGAUGGGGAAGGUGAUGAGGAGGAGGGGGACUUCUUGCUGGGCAGCAGCAUGCCAGGCAUCCCAUCAUUGGAAGAUAUGAAGCAGCUGGAUAUGGACAACCUAGUCCUGUGUUCAGAUGCUGCUCCAGGCUACUUUGUGACUUCCGACUUGGUCAGUUGGGAAGAGCAAGAUAUUGGACCAGACAGCAGGGCGAUCAAAUCGAUGAUAGCAGAGCUGGUGGCGGCGAUGGGGACGGACGUGAUGGACGAGAUUUGUGUGGAUUUUCGGAGGAAAACCCGUGUGCUCUAG